AUGUGCACCUGGCGCACGCGCAAGCGGUUCGGCAUCCCAACCCGCAUCCGCAUCGCAGACUGCCUCGACCCGAGGUGCCCCUACUCGGACUUCAAGGACGAGCGCCGGGGCAGGGGUCCCGACAGGGGGGGUAACGGAAGCCGCGGGGGCGGGCGCGGCGGGCGCGGCGGGCGUGGAGGUGGCAAGGGCGGCGGCCACUUGAACCUCGCGGGUGUCAAGUACUGGCUUGGCUUUCGCAGUCGCCGGUGA